UUUACAACCUGUCAAAUCCGAGGACAGCUGUGAAACGGUCGACACCGCCUCGCGUAUCACGUAGAAAGAAAAUGCUUUUUUCAUCCUUCAAUUCACUCUUUGAGGAUCUUGUUGAGACACCUGGAGAAAGAUCCUCUCUCAUAUAAACUGAAAAACAUCAACCCUAGGAAGAAUGAACUUGUGUUAUCAGUCCAUCACUUUACAUCCUUCCCAAUAACUAUUUACCUGCACUUUGGCAGGCCUCAUUCAGCCUCUCCUCUACCUCGAUAACUCACAUUCACACGCUUCGCCAGUGACCCACCGCUGCUCCUGCAGGCUGGGUACGGAGCUGGUCUGGCCGCGUGCCCCUCCAGCUCUGUGUGUUAGUGUGAGAUGGCGCGGCAGGAAGCAGAGGGUCGUUGCCGCUGUGGACUGUAAUGUCAGAGCCCAGCAGCCCCGGCGAGAGCCAGUGCGGCGCUCCCAGAUUCUUCGUGGGCUGCGCGGAGGAUGAGAGCGAAGGCCUGGACGACUACGCCAGCAUGAGAACAGACAUGGAGCUGUAUGAAGACGACCUGGAGGAUGACUCGCCUCCAGAGUGUCAGAUCGAGGUGGGUAUUUGCUGUAUGAUGAAGAAAUCCAAGUCCAAACCCAUGACUCAGAUCUUGGAGCGUCUUUGCAAGUUUGAGUACCUCACAGUGGUCAUCUUUCCAGAGGACGUCAUACUCAAUGAGCCGGUGGAGAAGUGGCCACUCUGUGACUGCCUGAUCUCAUUUCACUCUAAAGGUUUCCCCUUGGAUAAGGCAGUGAGUUACGUAAAACUCCGCAACCCGCUGCUCAUCAAUGAUCUUAAUAUGCAGUAUUACAUACAGGAUAGGAGGGAAGUAUAUCGUAUCCUGCAGGAGGAGGGGAUAGAUCUGCCACGCUAUGCUGUGUUAAACCGUGACCCUGACAAGCCUGAUGAGUGUAACCUGGUUGAGGGAGAAGACCAAGUUGAAGUUAACGGCGAAGUCUUUCUAAAACCUUUUGUAGAGAAGCCAGUUUCUGCUGAGGACCAUAAUGUGUACAUCUACUACCCAACUUCAGCUGGAGGAGGCAGCCAGCGUCUCUUUAGAAAGAUUGGGAGCAGAAGUAGUGUUUACUCUCCAGAGAGCAGUGUGAGGAAAACUGGCUCCUAUAUCUAUGAAGAGUUCAUGCCAACUGAUGGCACAGAUGUGAAGGUGUAUACAGUAGGGCCAGAUUACGCUCACGCAGAGGCUCGUAAGUCCCCUGCUCUCGACGGGAAAGUUGAGCGGGACAGUGAAGGCAAAGAAAUCCGCUACCCAGUCAUGCUCACUGCCAUGGAGAAGCUUGUGGCCCGUAAAGUGUGUCUGGCAUUCAAGCAAACAGUGUGUGGAUUCGACCUUCUCCGAGCCAAUGGCCACUCGUAUGUGUGUGAUGUCAAUGGAUUUAGCUUUGUGAAGAAUUCCAUGAAGUACUAUGAUGACUGUGCUAAGAUCCUGGGAAAUAUUGUGAUGAGGGAGCUGGCUCCUCAGUUCCAGAUCCCCUGGUCCAUACCUACAGAGGCAGAGGACAUUCCUAUUGUACCCACUACAUCAGGGACCAUGAUGGAGCUUCGCUGUGUGAUUGCUGUGAUCCGUCAUGGAGAUCGUACACCAAAGCAGAAGAUGAAGAUGGAAGUGCGGAAUCCAAUGUUCUUUGAGCUUUUUGAAAAAUACGGUGGGUAUAAAACGGGCAAGCUGAAGCUAAAGAAACCCAAACAACUGCAGGAAGUCCUGGACAUUACCAGGACACUUUUGGCAGACAUAGGACAGCAUACUGACUGUGAAAUAGAGGAGAAGAAGUCCAAGCUUGAACAACUAAAGACUGUUCUAGAAAUGUAUGGCCAUUUCUCUGGAAUCAAUAGGAAAGUGCAGCUAACAUAUCUUCCUCGUGGACAACCCAAAACAUCCAGUGAGGAGGAAGAUACUCGUAAGGAGGGCCCCUCUAUACUGCUGGUGCUGAAGUGGGGAGGAGAGCUGACUCCAGCUGGCAGAGUUCAGGCUGAAGAACUCGGCAGGGCUUUUCGCUGCAUGUAUCCUGGAGGUCAAGGGGAUUAUGCUGGCUUUCCAGGCUGCGGCCUGCUCAGGCUUCACAGCACCUACCGGCAUGACCUCAAGAUCUAUGCCUCUGAUGAGGGCAGGGUGCAAAUGACUGCUGCUGCCUUUGCAAAGGGUCUUUUGGCACUGGAAGGGGAACUGACACCGAUCCUGGUCCAGAUGGUAAAGAGUGCAAAUAUGAACGGCCUGCUGGAUAACGAUAUCGAAUCCCUCAGUGGCUGUCAGCAGAGAGUUAAGGCUAGACUUCAUGAGAUCAUGCAGAAAGAUGAGAUCUUCACAGAAGAAGACUUUGACAGGCUGGCUCCAACAUGCAGUAGCUCUCUGGUGAACUCUAUGAAGGCUGUGGAGAAUCCAGUUUGUAUGUGUGAUCAAGUCUACACCCUUGUCCAGAGCCUCACCUCACAGAUCCGCAAAAGACUCGAAGACCCCAAAUCAGCAGAUUUACAGCUGUACCACAGUGAGACACUGGAGAUGAUGCUGCAGCGCUGGUCUAAAUUGGAAAGGGACUUCCGCAUGAAGAGCGGCCGCUACGACAUCAGCAAGAUUCCUGACAUUUAUGACUGUGUUAAGUAUGAUGUGCAGCACAACAGCUCUCUGGGCCUAGAGGACACACUGGAACUCUUCAAGCUCUCUCGAGCCCUAGCCAACAUUGUCAUACCACAGGAGUACGGCAUUAAUAAGGUGGAGAAGUUGGAUAUUGCAUAUGCUUACUGUCUGCCUUUAGUGAAGAAGAUUCAGCUUGACCUUCAGAGGACACAUGAGGACGAGUCUGUAAACAAGCUGCAUCCACUAUAUUCCCGUGGAGUGCUGUCACCAGGCAGGCAUGUCCGAACUCGGCUGUAUUUCACGAGUGAGAGUCAUGUCCAUUCCCUGCUUAGCAUCUUCUGUUAUGGUGGCCUAUUGGAUGAGGUGAAGGACCAGCAGUGGAAGAGAGCCAUGGAUUAUCUGAGUGCAGUGACUGAGCUCAACUACAUGACCCAGAUUGUUAUUAUGCUCUAUGAAGACAACAAUAAGGACCCAUCCUCUGAAGAGCGCUUCCAUGUGGAACUGCAUUUCAGCCCUGGGGUCAAAGUAUCUGAGGAGGAGAGCGCUCCAAUGGGCUUUGGCUUCCGACCAGCCUCUGCUGAAAAUGAUCAGAAGCAAACAGACCCUGGUAGUUUGGAAAAUCUCCUACGAGAUGAGCCUGACCGCGCUUUGCCCCUUUCAGAGGCCAUCAGCACCCAGAGGAAAUCCCCUCUGAUCCGGAAUCGCAAGACUGGCUCCAUGGAGGUCCUGUCAGAAAUCUCGUCCUCUAAAGGGGGCAGCUAUCGCCUCUUCCCCUCCUGCUCACGUCAGUCUCCAGAGAUGAAGCAGAGCGGAUUAGGCUCUCAGUGCGCUGGUCUCUUCAGCACCACCGUCCUGGGGGGCUCAUCUAGUGCCCCCAACCUUCAGGACUACGCACGCACACACCGCAAAAAAUUCUCCUCGGGCAGUUUGAACUAUAAAGACGGAAUCCAAAAAAGUUUGAAGCAAAAACAUGAGUUGUUGUCUAUGCCGGCAGUAAAGCGAUUUUCUGUGUCGUUUGCAAAGCAUCCGACUAAUGAACCCCUGGAAGAGCACCAGGUAGCCCAGCUGCUGAGGCACUUUUCCACCGACCCCAAUAUUGGCCACCCGUUCUGUUUGGACAGUGCUUUUGCCCACCACCUCCAUCAGUGCUCCUACCAUCUCCGCCUCUUCCGCAACUGGUUAAUCUCUGGCCAGGACCCACUAGAGUACCUCUACGGUUUUGAAGGCUGCUCCAUGGUGCCCUCCAUCUACCCCCUGGAGACCCUCCACAACUCACUCUCACUCAAGCAAGUGAAUGAGUUCCUGACGACUGUGUGUGAGAAUGCAGGAGAUUCCCACACCAGGACAACCAGAGCUCUCUCAGCCAUGUUUGACUCCCAGAACCAGCCCGCAGGGGACUCUUACAUCCCUCACAGAGUGCUGUCCUCCUCUGUUUCACUGCGCCAGCGCUCUGAUCGGCCACCCUGGUACAGCAGUGGUCCCUCCAGUACGGUGUCAAGCGCCGGCCCCUCGUCUCCCACAACGGCUGACACCUCCCCACGCUUCAGCUUCAGUGAGAAGAUCACCCUCACACCGCAGAGCAGCGAGGAGAUCCACCCGGCCCCUCACAACAGCCACUGUGUGUCCUCCACAUCUGAAACCAGCCUCCCCUCUGAGGAUCCCCACCCGUCAAUACCAUCCCCCAUCCUGGAGAGACCCAGUGAAAUAGCAGUGGACAGCACAGACCCUGCAGUCCAGUGUCUUACAGAGAGCCCCUGCUGUGAUGAAGCACCAAGUCCGGCCCCCGCCGAGCCCAGCUCGCACUUGCCCGACAGUCCGCCAACAGAGUCCUUCUGUAGGCUGUCCGGUUCCUUGCCUGUGCUCCUGGAGCUCAGAGAGAGCAGCUCAGAGGCCGGCUCCAGCGCCCAGACCCCGCUCACUCCUGAGGAGCCGGAUGAGUUCUUUGAUGCACAGGAAACGGUCGACGUGUGGAGGGGAAGCCCGGCGACCCUUCCUCACCCUGGCACUCCUCUAGAGGUGGGAGCUCCACAUGUGCCUGAGCCGUGAAGGAGACACAGACCAGGCAGCACCCUCAUACAUGUGUCCUUCACCCCGUCUCAGCAUGCUCUCGCUGUAGUGCCUCAGACCUUCAUAAUGAGUCAAAGUGGGAUUUGCCAACGUCAUUUAAGGGAAGUUGAGGAAACGGAGGCCCACUUGUUGAACACAAAGCGCAAAUGCUCAUGUUGGAAAUCUUAAUAAACUCUCCAUGUGUUUAAUUCCGUAGUGUCGUUCAGAGAUACUUCGUGUGUAACGUGUCACUCUAGUCCAGGGGUGUCAGUCCUGGAGAGCCUUCCUCUAGUCCAGAACGUCAGUCCUGGAGAGC